AUGAUGAGAGAUGAUUCAGCCAAAAGAUUCUUGAAAAUGUCGCCCAUCUACUCUCCCGUUGUUUUCUUUUGGUGGCUCCUUCUUCUACUACAAUUGCCUUUGACGGCAGCAGCCAUCCAGGAGUAUUUGUAUCGCAGCAUGAAUCCACCCACAAAGGCACUUCCUGUGAUGGACUACUACUCAGACGACACGAAUAAUAAGGAUUCGAUUCCUGACUUUUUGUCGAGUGACACGAUGGACCACCCUCGCGUCGUGGAAUUCUAUUCCCCCACGUGUCCUCAUUGUCAGGCAUUUGCGCCACAGUACGUGCAAUUUGCCAAUGACUUUGGCAAUUGGACAGCAAAAACUCAACACAGCAGUGCUUCCCUUGGCAACGUACAAUUUCAUGCCGUGUCUUGUUCGGUCCACAAGACUGUUUGUCGACAAGAGAGCAUUCGAAACUAUCCCACCAUCAAGGUCAUUCCGGCGUACAAGACAUCGGCAGCGGCUGUGCAACUCCAGGAUUAUCAGUUGCAUGCCUUCAAAUUGGCCACUAUUUUGGGUGCUGAAGCUGUUCCAUCAUUGCCAAAUCUACCACCACAACCACAAGUUCCAGCUGGUAGUAACAACAGGAUCAGGAGACCACCUGGAAAACACGUCGUGUCAAGGACAGCCAAAAACAACAACAGAGACAAAUUACUAGUACCAAUCAAAAAGAAGAAAGCUGCUACUCCACCGUUGUCCAGGAGCUCGUCUCGGAUUCUGACUCGCACACAAACGGAAGUCUUUACAGACGCCUAUCUGUCCUUCUUUCGAACCAUGAAAGACAGCGUCUUUAUGGCAGAGGGGCCACUGGCCAAAGACCGAAAGGUCAAACUCAAGGCGUUUCUGGAGCUAUUGCAAGAUGCACUACCCCCUUGGAAACUGUUCCACGCCCUCCUUGACAAGCUCUUGUUGGAUUUCAACCGCAUUGUCUACCACGAACGGGUCUGGGAAUCGACUCUGGAACGGUUUGCGCCAAUUUCCUCUGAUUGGAGUCCAGCCUGUCAACAACAUGGCAGCGAGUAUACAUGCGGUUUGUGGAGCCUGUUUCAUAUUGUGACGGUGGGAGUCACAGAAUACAAUCGACACGUACCACCACAACAACAAGACAACAAACAAGCGUACUUUAACAUGGUGGCGGCGGCCGACACGAUCAAGGAUUUUAUAGAAACCUUUUUCAUUUGUCAAGAAUGCACGCGACAUUUUGUACAAGAGUACAACAAUUGUACCUAUCAUCGCUGUGAGAGACUAGUCCAACACAAAAACUGGCAGCAGCUCCCGCUUUGGUUGGCGGAAACGCACAAUGGGGUCAAUGUCCGACUGCAACGAACGCGACAAUCUACAACAACCACGACCACAGCAGAACAAGAACAGAAUGCCAUGUGGCCAUCCGCAAAGGAAUGUUCUGCUUGUUGGUUGGAAGAGAGAGGGAGUCUGUCUCGCUAUGAUGAGGCAAUCCUGUACAAGUAUCUGCGACUCAUCUAUUGGCCGGAGGAUGCCGAGUCGCGAAGUUUCAGCGAGGAGCUCAAAUCUCAUUCUGGGUCUACCAGCAAGGCAGGAACGAAGAGCAACAAGGCAAAUUUGUCGUCUACCACGGGGCCCGCCACAAUCAGCAGAAAUCCAGACUCGUUCCCCAAAGUGACAACCACCCACAGCGGGGAUAAGGGGGAAGCAAGCCAGGCCAAGAGCAAUGACACUUCCCAGACUGGGAUCGAUAUCAGCAUAGACAAGGGGACAGUGCUGAUCCCUUCGGACUCCUUGCCAACUCAAGCUGCAACACUCCCCAAACCACACGACAUCACCCCAAAGGAAACUCCUAUCAACAGCAGCAGGGUAAACCAAGCCGUAACCUCUGACAAUACGGGCAAAGGUUUCUCCACUCCAGGUUUGCUCCCUAGUCGAAUCAGAUUGGAAGGUGCCGCCUCCCUUGCCAAUGUUUCAUCUCCAGCCGAAACGGCUGCAAACAUGGAUUCGAAGUCAAUGGCAUCUCUUGGCCCUGUUGUUGACGUACAAUCCAUUGUACUGGCACUUCUUGCGUUCACAGGUGUUAUUCUAGCAGCCAAGAAAAAUAUGCGCCUACAGAGACUGCGCUACCUGAGUGGUGCGUCGGCGGUUGAGCGCGCCCAUGGCUUGUAG